UCGCUCCACCAUAUAUCAAUUCAAAAUCAGCUCCUCCACCACGAGAAUCAGGGUCUUAAAGAGGCGCUUAAGACUCAGAAGAAGCACAAGAAUGAGAGCAAAGUUCUUCAGUUCCAGCCUCGCAAGGACUAUCACGGUGGGGCUGAGUUCUACUCUCCCAGCAGAGUAGAGAGAGCACGCUCUGACGAGAGGGCAAAACAACAGAAUCAGAGAGCAGAAGAACAUAGAAAAGCAGAGAAGAAGAAGUUCAGGCAAGCUAAUAAGCUGUACAAUGAGAGGAUUGCUCAGGAGAGGCGUGAGCAGCGGGCAAGAGAGAAGGAUGAGCGUGAGCAAGUCGGAGCUAAGAAGGCCAAGGAAGCAGCUGAACGCAAGGCUCAAAGAGAGCGCGAUAAGCAAGCUUGCGACGCUGAAAAAACUGUACAAUUGCCCCAAAGAGGCAAGCGCAAAGCUUCAGCAGCUCCUGCAGCAAAAAUAUCAAAGAAGCGUCGCACUGUGGGUGCUGCGCGUGGGGUUGAUGCUGCUGAGCCUCCUGCAGCACCUCGCACCCACACCACGCGCAGCGGCCGAACAGCAACUCUAUAUAAUUAA